AUGAUUAUGUCGCCAACUGGUUCAAUAAUUCUCGUUUUAUCGUUUGCUGUACUACUCUCAUGUUUAUGCAAAAUAUUCUUUGCUAAAUUUCUUCGCCAAAAAAUUAAUAUUUCAUUUUAUAUCGUUGCUUUAUUCCUUGGUUUUCUUAUCGGUAUUAUUGCUACGCAAAUCAAAGGUGACUUUAAUGAAGAUGAUUUUCUUCGUGAUGGUACUUUACUAGGAUUAUUCUGUGGUUUUAUAUGUGUAUUUAUUUUAAAACGAAUUAAUAAUGAUUUGAAAAUCGAAAUUACAAUUACAUUUGGUAUAGCAUAUCUUGUGUUUUAUGUAGCAGAUGUUGAACUAGGUGUUUCAGCUGUUCUUUCUCUUAUCUCCAUGGGUUUAUACAUGUCUAAACAUAGGUAUUGUAGAAGUAAUGCUCAAUUGCCAUUAGCUGAAUCAUGGAAAAUCAUCGUAUUUGUUGUGAAUAUUCUUAUUUUUACGCUUAGUGGUCUUACUAUUGCACAUUCAUUUGUUGGCAUAGAGACGACUUUAACUAGUAGAGAUAUUGUCAUUGCUUUAGUACUUUAUCUAUUGAUUCAUGCAAGUAGAGCAUUAAUUGUUGGCGUCUUAUAUCCAGUGAUAACAUGGAGUGGAAUGCAUUUGAAUCGAAACGAAUGUGUGAUAUUUGCAUGGAGUGGUUUACGUGGUCGAACAGCGUUAGCUCUCGUUCUUUUAGUCUAUCUAGAUUCGAAAAUCCCUCGUGCAACUCGUGAGCGAUUUCUCUUUCAUAUUUCCAUGAUAGUAUUAUUAACAUUGAUUAUUAAUGGAAUUAGUAGCAAGUUUCUAGUGAAAAUGCUUGAUCUUCAUAGAGAGAAAUUACUGGAAGAAUUAGAUGAAGACAAUGAUACAAAUAUGCAUGAAAGAUUAUCUGUAUCUUCGAUAAAAACUCACAAUGAUAUUUCGCUGGAUUCCAUUUCAAGACAUUCGGAUCAAUCUGAAAGUCCAAAGCAUAGCGAUCUAACAUCUACAAAUAGUAUCUGUCAAUUGGAUCUAGAUACACUAUGGACUAAUCCAUGUAUAUUAGGACCAUUUAUUGAACCAAUACACAAUACUUAUUUGACGGCUGGAUGUUAUCGAACUAAUAUGCGAAAUGAAAUUAUCAAAAGAAUUCUAACAGCGAUGCCAGUUGAUUAUGAAAAACAAUGGUAUUUAGCAUUUCAUUCUGCUAAAUCACGUAUGGAAAAUUUGUUGCCUAAAUUUCCUGAUUUUGCAAAUAUCGAUAAUUAUAUUAUGAAUAAUGUACUUCGCGAAGCAAAAAUAUUACAAUUACGAGCAUCACUUGUUUUACAUGAUUUACAACAUUCGUAUAAAAAAUAUUGA